AAAAAAAAAAAAAAAGAAAAGAAAGCUUGCUCUUUUUUUCCCCCUUGACAUCAUCACGUUUACGUCCCUUUUCCCACGCAAAGUGAAACAGCGGGAAGGCUUUGACAAGAACUGUUAAGUGUUGUGUUUGAGUGUAAAAAGAGCGCCCCUGGAAGAAGUGACCCGGUAGUCUAUCUAUCUAUAUUUCCAUCGAGAUUCAUUUAUCGGUUCACCUACCUACCUACCUAGGUACCUACCUAUUCCUCCCAAACGAAGGGAAAUGUCUGCAAAACUGCCCAAAGAGGCAUCGCCGGGACCAGAGCACAACCCACAGCAGCCAUCAUCUCGCUGGUCCGAGAUCGAAGAUAGGAUUUUGAAGCAAGCGGUAGCACGAUAUGGCGUGAGCCGUUGGGACGACGUCGCAAAGAUGGUAUGGACGAGGAAGAGCGCCGAGGAGUGCCGGGCGCGUUGGGCGGAGCUUGUUCCGAUACUAUACGAAGGCUUAGCACGGCGGGAGUCCGCGUUAGAGCAGCGCCGUACGAGGAGCGUCACAGUAUCAACAGUUGCGUCAAGCGCGUCGAUAUCACGACGAGGGGAUGACGAAAGCUUUCAGACUCCGCCUCUCCCCAUCCAAGGGCGGUUGGGACUAAAGGGGGAGCUACCACUAACCCGAGUGGAGGGUAGCGCUAAACUCUGUACCGAACCAUCUUCACCCUAUUCACCCUCUUCGCCCACCCCUUUAACCCCCACAAUGGAAUCCCCAUCGCCACCUCUCUCGUCAGCGUCGGCGCGAAAUCGACGGAAUACCGAACCAGGAGAGCGACCCCUUCGGGCUGAGUCGAUAUCUCGCGGGAGGAGAGAAGAACGACGGGAGUGGCUUGCACCACAUCCGCUUAUGCCGGGACGUCCCCGCAGAACGCCGACAUCCUCGAGGGAUACUUCGGCAUUUAAGAGAAAGGACGAUACGACUAGUAAACCUAGAGAGUAGAAGGUAGCUAGGUAGUAUUAGGUUAUGGC